AUGCAUAUUUGUCAGUGUUUGGCUGCACUUGGUGUGUUAAUUGCUCAUCCCGCUGGUGUGUCUCUGAAACAAAAGGUGGUUGAUGCUCCUGAAAUCUUGACUGUGAUUGGAAAAAUUCCACAUCUUUCGAAAUUUUUAAAUUCUCUUUACAAUUGUCAGUACAAAUCAUUCUUCUUAGCAUUCGCUGGCCUGACAGAGCAGAUAAAAUUGGACCGCUAUUUGCAUCUACGUUUUCGGUUUUACAUGAGAGAGGUCAGGACUGUUGUUUACUCUCAAUUUUUAGAAUCCCACAAGAGUGUUACUAUUGAAGCCAUGGCAAAGGCUUUUGGGGUGUCAGUAGAAUUCAUCGAUCAGGAGCUAUCUCGUUUUAUCGCAGUAGGGAAGCUUCAUUGCAAGAUUGACAAGGUUCUUGGUGUCCUCGAAACUAAAUACGAUGCGAAGAAUGCUCUUUACCGUGCCACUAUUAAACAAGGUGACUUCUUAUUAAACCAGAUCCAGGAGUUGUCUCGUGUCAUUGAUCUAUGAAUUAGUUAGGUAUUUCAUCGGAUUUAGAAAUGGACAACCAAUAUUUUCAAGUUUGAAAGAAAUAUGGAAAAUAUAAAAUAAUG